AUGGCUCCUUGCAAGCGGACUCGGUCUUCUGUCGGGCUGGGCUUGCUCCUGGCAUCGCUUGGCUUGGGCCACUUCGCAGGCUUCGUUUCUGCGCCUUCAGGGAAGAGUCGAUCUCCCCGGGCGCCGCGCGCGGCCGCGGAGACCCCGGGGCCGGAGCUGUGCGAAGGGGUCAGCCCUGUCCUCACAUACUUCGGAGUAAAUUCGAUGAGCCUGGAAAUUGGCGAGCAGCGCCUGCUGAUAGAUCCACUGCUCGUGGGAAGCCUCGUCUUCUUCGGCCAGCGCUGGGCCUUCUGUGGCCGCUCCCGGGCGGAAGCCCUCCCAAAGCCCGAGGACGUUGCGGACAGCUUUGAUGCCAUCGUGCUGACGCAAGGCCUGGACGACCACACGCAUCGGCCGACUUUGGAGCGGGUGGACCGGAGGAUGCCCAUCAUCGCCAACCCCAGCGCUGCCUCCGUGGUGAGGGCCAUGGGCUUCCGAGAUGUUUCCGUUUUGCGGCCGGACGAGUCUCUCUCCCGGGGCUCCCUGCGGCUCGCAGCAGUGCCCGGAAGUGUGGUUGGGCCGCCGUGGCAGGAUCCUGAAAACGGAUAUGUGUUUACCGACACGCGGCCCGGUGGACUCUCUGUAGGCCUGGAGCCUCAUGGCAACUUUCUCGGCCCGGCACUUGGCACGUCCUUUCAGCGACUCCCGGCUCCUCCUGCGCAGAGCGUGGAUGCACUGAUUCUGCCGCUGACAUCGCAGGUCAUCUCCGGCUACAGGUUAGUGAACGGCGUGGAAGAGGCCGCCAACACGCUGGAAGCGCUGACUCCGGUUCCGAGAUAUCUCCUGCCGCUGCGAAACGGUGAGCUCGAUGCCGAAGGUGUCCUAGCAGACAGCCUGCAGAAGGAGGGUGGAGUCCAGGACUUUCUGCGAUUGCAGGGCGAGCGGCCGAAGCUGAGCUCGGUGGAAUUGCUCGACGUCACUCCCGGCCACCCCUUGCACAUCCGGUCGCAGAGGAAUGUGAAGAUGCCAGCGGAGCAGAUGGUACAGUGCAUGCAGAACUCCCAGGAGCCAUUGCACAAAGGCAUGGUUGCCUGUGGCAUAGAGCUGACGACCCCUGAGUCGGUUCGGACGUUUUUCCUGGCAGUGGCAAGCAAAUCUGUUUGCCACAGAGGGCCCUCCACAAGGGCGGCCAGCAUGGAGGGCGUUCAGCAGCAUCAGAUGAAGCCCGAGGGCAAAGGCUGGGGCGGUGGCAGCUCCUGGGGGGGCAACUGGGGCAAGGGCUGGGGCAAGGGCUGGGGCGGCUCCAAAGGUGGAUUCUUUGGAGGGCUCAAAGGUGGCAUGAAAGGCAGCUGGGGCAAAGAUAAGGGAAAGAGCAAGAUGAAGUGGCCAAGUGGCCCCAACCUCUCGCGGGCACGGAUAUCGACCGAGCCCGUGACGGGUGAGGUUGUGGAGUGGAAAGGCAAGUAUGGCUGGAUACAACCCACGGUGCCCGUGGAGCAUCCUAUGUCAGACAAGCAUCAGGCCUGGAGUGGGGAUGAUGGCGAGGAUGAUGUCUGUUGCCCAGGGCACUCUUUACCAAGCUCUUAA